AUGGCAUCAGUUACACAACCGUUAAUAACGGAUCAAGAUGAUAAUGUUAAUGGAAAUAUAUCUAAAUAUAGUACUAUUCUAAAUACCCAUCCUUCUGCCAUCUCUGAUGAAAUAAUAGCUGGAGAAUAUGAAGAUCGAAGAUCUCCCGAAGCAACACGUGCCAGAUUGCUAUUAGCAAUACGAGCAAUGUGUGGAGAACUCUUGUGUACAACACUGUUUUUCACAACAAUGUUUGCAACCAUAGCAAGUACGGUUCGAAAUAAAGUUGAUCCGAGUAUUCAAGCAUUUUUUACUGCGAUAUCGUCCGGUUUGAUUGCAGUUGCAUUAAUUUAUGCGUUUUCGAGUAUAUCAGGCGCCCAUUUUAAUCCUGCUAUAACUUUUGCUACUUAUGUCACUCGAAAAACGUCACAUCGUCGGUUUGUCGGCUAUAUCGUUGCACAGUUAAUCGGUUCAAUCUUGGCCAUGUGUAUCAUUUGGUUCAUAUUUCCUCAUCCAUCAGAUCUUUACACCAAAAUUGCCGUGAUUCCGCCAACCACUGAUCUUGCACGAGUUUUUGCAAUGGAAGUGUUUUUAACAUUUACAUUUACUUACGUUGCGUUUACUGUUGCCUAUGAAGAAGCACAAACCGAGAAAAAACUAGCUAGAUCAUCAGCAAAUGUUCAAACGAUACAAAAUUCUAAGGGUUUGGCUCUGUUUGUAACAACGCCACAAGCAAGAACUGGUUUUGCUCCAUUCGCUAUUGGAUUUACCAUAUUUUGUAUGAUGCUCAUAGGGAGUUCGGUCAGCGAUGGUGCUUUUAAUCCGUGUCGGCUCUUUGGACCGGCUAUUUUCAGUAAUAGAUGGGACUAUCAAUAUAUAUACUGGAUUGCACAACUACUUGGUGCAGCUGUCGCAGGUCUAUUUGUUCAUCAUGUACAAGUACUAGGUCUGCCAGAUAAAAAGAAACAACAACAGAACCAAGCCCCAUAA